UACAUCAUACACCAUUCUUUGGACAGGCUUCGCUGCGCGUGGGAUGUUUGUCUCUUUCUCUCUCUACUGUAACACACCAUAGAGAUUACACCCACUCUCUCUGUCUCUUCUUUCUCUUGAGCCGAAGAAGGCCGGAUCAGCCUUUUCCACGCCAGAGCAUAAGGUUCUCUCUUUUUCCACUGCCAAAUGCAGAGCCUUUGACCCUCAAGAUCAUUUCCUGGGACUUUGCACCUAACACACCCUUCUCCAUUUGCUUUAGCUUGAUUUGUUCAUCAUUUUAUCCAAUCACUUUUGCUCCUUUACGUCCAGUCAUGUAGAUACUCACUGCACGUAUACAAAAAGCCUAUUGUCCAGUUCUGCUCCUUUUUGCAGGACCAUUCUUUGCUGCAUUGUGGGUUUUAGCUUCUUCGUUCGAAAAAAGUUUCUGGCUUCUUAGUUUGUUCCUUGUGGGUUUUACAGAGAUUUUAGGGAAUUUGCAAUUUGAUUGCUGUUCUUAAGGGGAUUUGGGAUCUGUAGUGAUCUGGGUGGUUAGAAUUUCUUUUUGUUGUUCUUGAAAAUGAGCGACGCGACUGGGAAAACGACAGGGUCGUCUUUGGCCAUCUUAGAGAAGAAGACUUGCAGACCUGGUGGUUGUGUGGGCAUUCUCUUCCAUCUCUUCGAUUGGAACCGUAGGUUUGUAAAGAAAAAGCUCUUAUCCCGGAGACUACUUCCACCAGCUCGUGCAAAACUAGUUUCAAAGAAGUUUGGAGAUGAGAAGAUGCCCAAAGCAAAGCUUAAACUGAUUGCUGACGAGAAGAGAGAGGGUUUUGCAAAUGUAAAGACAAACGGGAAUCAUAGUGUUUCUGAUGAUAAGGGGCAAACCCAUGAAAUGCGCGAUCCGGGUUUGGUUGCUAGGCUUAUGGGCCUUGAAUCCAUCCCAGAUUUGAAAAGAGAUAGGCCGAAAAAGGUUUCAGAUGCGGGGGGAGAGAAAUUUGUUACUAGUCCUGCUGGAUGUGAAAGGGGGGAUUUAAGUUUAGACAAGGUAAAUACAAAGCUUGAUUUCAGACCUCAAAAGCUUCAGAAAACAGGACAAUGCCACAGACAAGCUGUAACUAGAUUUGGUGCUGAUGCAUUGAAUAUUAAGAGUGUAUUGUCGCGAAGUAGAAAGCAUCUCCCCAAGCUUGCUCCCCCGGUGAAAAGUCCGAGGAUAUCCUCUGUGAGGGAUUCAUGUAGGGCAUCUAGGUUGAUUGAUGCUGCUUCAAGAAUUCUGGAACCUGGUUUGCGGGCUACAAAUAGAGCAAAAUGCACUCUUACUUAUUCAAGUUCCAUGCAGUGUCAAGGGAAAGAUGGUGUUUUGACUGAGGAAGCAGGAGUUCUGUCACCAGAUAUAGCGAUCCAAUCCGAUUACAAUGUGAAUGUGGGAACAGAUUUGAUGGGUCAGACUUCUUGCAAAAAUUGUAAUAAUACGGUUGAUGUUGGCAGUUCAAGAGUAAAUUUGGAGGAUCAGCCAUUUAUUUCUCCGCUUUCUGCUCUGAAUGUAGUCAAUGCCUCUUCAGUGGAAGUAGGAAGAAGUAAGGCAAGGGUACCUGUGCCCUCUCUUGAGCAGGAAAGAGAAGCAAUGUCUCAGAGACGUCGAGACCAAGCUCAUGAUGAUCCCACAGUGGAUAGGAAACAUGGAUGCCAAGAAGGUCAAGCUCAUUGGCAUUUGACAAGCCCUCAGUGCAAGGUUCCAAGAGAUGAAUCAUCUUCUUGUGCCUCCAAGAUCAGGACUCAAACUUCGAAUCGGAUGCCUUUCGCCAGGGAGAGAAUGCCGCCAAGAGCUAAAUCAAGUAAUUUACGAAGCAGGAGAACGUCAGCUGUCGCCAAUGCUGUCACUGAAGCCAAAGAUUUUAUUUCUUUGAACAGAAGCUUAAGUGGUCGCACCCCACUAAGGCUACCUCCUGAGGUGGAUACUUCUAAGUUUGAUGCUAAUAAACGAUUUAGUAACGUGCAGGAUAAAUCCUUAUCAAAUUUGAGAACCCCAGUGCGGAAAAGGAGGACAAUAAGUGUCAAUAGGCAAACUGAGAGUCCUUGUGGCAGUUCUGCAUUUGGAAAACAGAGAAACGUCAAAUGUGGUGGUGUGACUGGGAAAGAGAUGGGGCUCAAUGCUCCCUCCCAGGGCAUUACAAGGAGAUCAGCUGCUCAUUGCGACCUUGAUAGACCCACUACCCAUAAGGACAAUGGUAUUGUAUCUUUUACCUUCAAUUCCCCACUGAAAUAUAAGGCUGGAAUUUCCUCUCAACUGAAGCUGAAAAGAGACAAUCAAAUUGACGUUAUUAGAAAUAAUACUUCUGAACAGCACAAGCAAAUAGUGGAUGAAAGUGUGAAACAUGUGUCUUUGCCGAAGCAAUUUCCAUUGAAAGGAGAUACUUUGGGUGCUCUUCUGGAACAAAAGUUGAAGGAAUUGGCUUGUGAAGAAGAGGAUGAAGUGGUAACUGGGGGUAAUCCAGCAAAGAGAUCUACUGCUACUAUUCUUCAGGAGCUAGUAUCUGCUUUAACUGCGGAGCAGCCUAUGUAUGAAGAUUGUCAUAUGUUUGAUGCAGAAAAUGCUUUCCAGAGCAAAACAAAGAUAGGAGGAACUUCUGUUGGAUUUUCAACUGAUGCUGAUCAUCUCAGCCCUGGAUCUGUUCUUGAAGUUUCAUUCUCAACUGACAGUUGCGUUUCCAGCUGUGUAGAUAAUAGCUCUGGACAAAGGCUGAAUUUUGAUUCCAUGGACUACUAUGAGCAGUUCCAACCAAUGGAACCUGAUCUGGACCUCCUUGAUUCAGCAACCUUCUUUAAUGAAACAAAUAUUGAAGACAAGGCAGUUUCCCACAUUUCAAACCAUGUUUCUGAGAUGCUAAAUAGCAUCAACUUUGUAGGUCUUGGGUUGACUGGAAAGCAGCUUAGUCAUGCAAAGGGGGUUAUCCUGAAUGCUGAACUGUUUUUCGGAAUUGCAACUCAGCAACACGCAGAUGGAAUAAAAAGAGAUUUUUUCUUCAGCCCCUUUCUACUUGACGAAUUAGAAUCUCUCGCCUAUGAGAUGUGGACGAACAUCAACUGGCUUCCUGUUUUUAUUGAGACCAAAGAAGGAAAUAAUCUAUUUAGAGGAUUCCUUUUCGACUCUGUCAUAGAAGUAUUAGAUUCGAAAUAUUGCCGGUACUUUAACUCCGGAUUCAAGUCCUUUGCAAGAUUGCCAUCAUACAUGAAUGCAGAAAAGCUUGUUCGAGAUGUUGGAGAAGAGAUUCAAAGGUGGGAAAGUCUUGUUGGGAUGCUUCCGGAUGAACUACUAGAUUGGGAUAUGAGUCACUCCUUAGGCAAAUGGGUAGAUUUUGAUAUUGAAGCAUUUGAAAAUGGUGCAGACAUAGACUGGGACAUACUUCAAAUUCUGGUCGAGGAAAUUGUGGUAGACUUGUGGGAGUGCAGGCUGACUUCUUCUGAGUGACAUACUUUCGUGCAUUUGUUUCUUCUGAGUGACUUGUGACGCUACAUGCUUUAACUUGCUCUGUACAAAUCGGUGGGGGGUGACGGGUGAUAUUUAUUCAUAAGGAUUUUUGGAUAAUGUAGUCAUGAUCAUUGCUGAUGUACAUGAUUUUCUUGGAUGUUGCUUUGUUUCGGAAUAGCCGGAGAGGCAGCUUAUGAUAGUUUUCUGGGUGAAAAUAGAUAGCUUUCUGUGAUGGAUUUGUACUAAGAUUACUUGGCUGGUUUCCCAUAAAUUCUAGGGAGAAUAACAUGUUGAACUGA